GCGUCGCCAUUAUCAUGUGUUUUCGUCUUGCCGUCGGCGAAUGCUGAAGACCUUCCGUGAGUUCCACCCAUUUACCCUGUUGUUUCUGCAGCCUCCCACGCUGACAAGACUACUCUGUGAUCUGCGGGGGGUCACUAACCCAUCCCAGCCACGAGCCCGGUGGCUUAGAAGGCAGAGAGAGAGCUGCUUCUCAGGACAGAAUGCAUCCUAAACACCAGUUGAGGGCGUUGGUGUACCAUGUCGAGUGUGCUUAACCGGUCGGCCUCCGUGAUGAAUGGUGGAACAAUGUACUUUGGGGGGGCAGCUGGAAUAGGUGGGAGUGGAGACAGUGGAGGGGGGGGAGGUGGCACGGCGUUGCGGGAUUCAUUGGUAGGGGUGAUAGGAGCACGGCACUUAAGGGAGUCAACUACCUCCUCCCCCCUGCAGAUAUUUGUCCGAGCCAAGAAGAAGAUCAAUGAUAUUUAUCAGGAGAUCGAGGAGUAUGUUGCAGAAGCCACACUUUUCAUCGAAGGAGUACAUAAUGACAAGGGGCUUAUUGGAGAGAAAGACCUUCAAGAUUUUAAGGCUUAUAGUGCCAAAGUGGCAGGCAUUAAAGAGGUUCUGGCAAGAGACCACAUGAAGGUGGCAUUCUUUGGACGAACAUCCAACGGAAAGAGCUCUGUUAUUAAUGCCAUGAUGGGCGACAAGAUCCUGCCAUCAGGCAUUGGACAUACCACUAACUGCUUUUUACAGAUUGAAGGGAUAGACUCCCAGGAGCCUUACCUUACCACUGAGGGAUCCUCGGAGAAACAGAAUAUUAAGGGUAUUGGGCAGUUGGCUCAUGCACUCUGCAACAAUAGACUCGGCGACUCGACUCUUGUACGCAUUCAUUGGCCUAAAACCCGAUGCCCACUCUUGAGGGAUGACGUUGUCCUCGUCGAUUCUCCUGGCAUAGAUGUAUCCGAGAGCUUAGAUGACUGGAUUGACAAGCACUGCCUGGAUGCUGAUGUCUUUGUGUUGGUUGCAAAUUCAGAAUCUACGUUGAUGAACACAGAGAAGAACUUCUUUCACAAAGUUUCUGCAAAACUUUCCAAACCCAACAUAUUCAUCCUCCAGAACAGAUGGGACAUGGCUGCCUCAGAACCGGAGUAUUUGAAUGAGCCAAACACUGGGCAGAGUGAGGUGCGCAAACAACAUUUAGAGCGCACGAUCGCCUUCUUGGUAGAUGAAUUGAAAGUUGUCCAAGGUCACCAAGCUGAGAUGCGAGUGUUUUUUGUCUCUGCCAAGGAAGCUCUCCAGCAUCGUGUCAGUGAAGCCAAGGGUCAGCCUAACAACACUGCUGGAUAUCCAGAAGGAUUUACAAGUCGCUAUCUUGAAUUCCAAGAUUUUGAACGGAAAUUUGAAGAGUGUAUUUCAAAAACUGCUGUCAUCACUAAAUUUGAACAGCACACACAACGAGGAAAAAAUAUUGCCAAUGAGAUUGGACAGAAUGUUGGAAGACUGAUGGAGCGAGCGUGGCAGGAGCGGGAACAGAAGAUGCAGGAGAGGCAUGAUGUUUAUGCUAGGCUAGACCAUACGGAGAGGGAACUCACCGAUGUUACUACUCAGAUGAAAGAGAAGAUAUGUUCUAUUGUUGAAGAUGUUGAACGAAGAGUAUCUAAUGCUCUUAAUGAAGAAAUUCGGCGACUCUCAGUGCUGGUGGAUGAAUUUAAUGAGCCGUUCCAUCCAGAUCCCUUAGUAUUAAAUGUAUUUAAGAAGACGCUCCAUGCUCACGUGGAGUCGGGGUUGGGGUCUAACCUGCGAGCUAGACUGUCUUCAGCUUUGGCUCUCAACAUUGAAAGCAGCCAGGCAGAAAUGACCAACCGAAUGCUAGCUCUCCUUGGAAAGGAGAAGCGUGAAUUGGCUGCCACAAUGUUGCCCAGACGAGAACCAUUUGAGAUUCUAUACCGCCUUAAUUGUGAAAAUCUUUGUGCUGAUUUUGUGGAGGACAUAGAAUUCAAGUUUUCUCUUGGACUGGUAUCUCUAGUUCAACGUGUCUUGGGAAAAGCCAGCAGCCGCAUAGUAAAUCAGAGACACAAGGAAAAUAUUCCCCGGAGUGUGCCGAUGACUCCAUUAACACCUAGCAAUGAACCACAGUUUGGCCUACCCCAAGAUGACUGGUCCAUCAUCAGCCGCUUUGCUGUUUCCGGUAUAGGCUCUCAGGGUACUAUGGGAGUUGCCCUUGCAUUAGGUCUGAUGUUCAAAACAGUAGGAUGGCGCUUGAUAGUGCUGACUGGGGGUAUUUAUGGUUGUCUUUAUGCCUACGAACGUCUGACGUGGACCAACAAGGCAAGAGAACGCGUGUUCAAGAAGCAGUAUGUGGAUCAUGCAACACGUAAGCUACGACUCAUUGUAGACCUGACAUCUCACAACUGCUCUCAUCAGGUUCAACAGGAACUGAGUGGUACAUUUGCCCGCCUAUGCCGCUUGGUUGAUGACAGCACCAGUGAGAUGCAGCGGGAUGUUCGAUCCCUAGAGCGUGAGGUGCAGCAACUUGAAGACACUACAGCAACAUCAAAGAAGCUGCGUAACAAAGCUCAUUACCUCAUUAAUGAAUUGGACAUCUUCCAGCAGACAUAUUUAUCAUCAGAUGAAUAAAUGUUACUACUCAUUUUAUAUAAUUAGGAAAAAUACAGUAUCAACUAAUUUUUAAAUGCAUAUGUUGACAUUUUAAAAAUUUUAGUGAUUUCAGGGUUUAUGUUUGGGUCCAUUUUCUAAAAGUCAUGUCAAACUGGCUUAAAAGAUUCAUUUAUCUGAAAUUGCAUUAGACUACGGCAGUGAGUUUAUACAUGUUAUUUGUAUGAAAUUUAAAUUAAAAGACAAGUUUUUCCGUAAAACUAACAAUGUGCCUAACUUGGUUUAGGGGUCAGGAAAUGCAUUUUUUAAUUGCCAGUGUUGUAUGUUAUAGAAAUUUAUUGUUUGAUGCUUGAUUUAUGAUGUGUGUAUCUUGUGUACUUGUUGGAAAUUUACUAAUACCUAGAUUUUUUUAGCUGGAAGGAAUAUAGUUACAGAUAUGUUGUGGAACACAGAUAAAAAAAAAAUUGUAUUUGUUCGAGGUAAGUAAUGAAUAUUUACUCCAGUUUAAAGAGUUUUUAAUUCUCUCGGAAUGAAAAGAACUUCUUGCUGCAAUUUUAAGGUGUGUUCAUUAAUCCCAAAGAACAUUCCUUUAUAAAUUUCACAUAAUCUCAAAGAAUUUAAUUGCUUUUACAGUACAGUCGCCUCACAUUAUACAGUAUAGGCUCUGAAUAUACAGAGUUUCAUCUAUAAAUUAGGAAACAAAUUGUGUACGUGUUUUGCUAAACUUGCAUUAAUGAAAUAUUUAAUAUAUUUAAUUGGUAAAUUAUUAACAAAUUAGAGGGAAAUCAACAGACUAAUUGAUAGUGGCCCACACACCUGCUAGGAAACACUCGAACACACCGCUUCUGUGACUAACCAUCACAUACUUAUUGACACGCAUGCUGUGUCGGCCACAUAGUUAUGUCAUAGGGGCAAGGGGAAUGGGGGGCUUUCCAAGUUUCUAAUUUCCAAGCAAGGCUGAAACAGUGUGAACCAGUAUUAGUAAAAGAAAAUUAAUAAAUAUAGAUUAAUGUACAUUGCAGGGAUUGAUAACACACUGCAUGGUGUAGCCUGUUUUGUAUGCCACCUGGUACAGUAAUUUAUUUCUCACUUUUCUGAACAUAAGUAUUUAUAAUGAUUUUGUAUAAAAGUAGAUUAACGUAUAAAACUAGUUGAUUAAUGUUUCCAUAUUUAUUUUGUGUGAAUUGGCAAAGUAUAUUAAGACAAAAUUCCAGAAUGGCAUAUCUGAUGACAGUAGAAUAGGUACAGCCAGUAUACAUGUAAUGAGCAUGAACACUAGUAUCUGACAUACAGAAUUUUGCUCUGUUACUAGUAUUUUAGGUUACGUAUCUGUUCUGUAUAGCAAGGUAUGCUUGUAUAAUAUGGUAUAUUUUCAACAUUAGUGUUGUGUUAAACCAGCAUGAAGAUUGUUGGAGAUCCAAAAAUCUAAUUUGAAAUCGUUACAAAUAAAUGUGUUUUAAGUACAGUAGUGCUGUACUCGAGAUUUAUGAUGUUUCGUUGAACAUGCACUUCAUUGCAUAGCAGUCUGUAGGAUGCACACCUGAUUGUGAUCAGAGUGGUUUCUUGCAAUGUUUCCUCUUAAAAUAGUAGCCUAUUUUACUGUUUGAAGAAAUGUAAUAAUUGGGCCCAGUGUUGUAUCGAGGUAUUGAAACAAAGCUUAGUUACGUGUGAUAUUACACUGGUUGUUUUAAAUAUGUUUACAGGUUUCAGCCUAUUUUAGAUUUUCCCAUAUUGAUGCUGGAUGUUGGUUAAUGCCCCAAGAAGUGCAUGUUGUGACUCGAGCUGUGCAGUUUGAACCCUAAACACUUGUUUCGCUGAUCGUUACGUGCGGCCUGGUGCUUCUCGGUUUAAGAAUCGCACAUUUGUUUGAAUCCAUGUUGUAAUUAGUAUUAUAUUGAAGGAAGAUUUAUAUACAGUACAUGUAUGUAUGUAUGUGUAUUAUACAGUAUAUGUAUCUUUAUUGAUUCAUUAUCAGACUUGCCUUGCUUUAAACCAGAAAUUUUUUUGAAAUGAAAGUCGUGUAUGAUAUACAUUACAUAGAAGUUUGAUUUAAUGUAUUAAAAGAUUUUGUUAUAGAGUUUACAAACAAAUGUAACUAAAGAUAGUAUCCCAAUCGUCCAGGCAUACAGUGUGACGAUGGCUUCGUGGUGUUCAUUGUAUGACACGUUUAUUUGGCCCACAGGUUUUCUAAGCUUUCAUAUUAUUUAUUAUAAAGCAUCACAAAUGUUUUACUCGGAUAAAUACCAUUGGCAGAACUGUAGGUUUGCAAGGUGUGGCUUCCUAAACGAUCCAACAUUGGUUUGCUUCCCUUGAUGUACAAGGGAAUUCUAGCCUGCAAUUCUAGUUUAUUAAGAUUUGUAAUGGCAUAUGCAUCAUGUCCAUUACUAAAAUAGGUAAAUGUACUGUAACUUUUAACACACUAACCGGACCUUAUCUGGUGGUGUACCUGUGAUGCAAGGACUAUUGCAAAUUGAAAUUUACCAGCACUGUAGGUUAGGAUUGACAGUACCCAAAAAAAAAGUAAGCUACUUUUAAUAAGUAAUUGGUGAAUAGGCUUCAUGUACUGUUGUGCUGUGAGUAAAGGUAUAUUGUUAUUGUAAUUAUUUUUGUAUGCAUUUUAAGAUUAAUAAUUGAUAUAAAUAUGUCAAUUUGACUUGUUUGCACCAUAAUUGAAAGAAAAAUUACCAGGUGAAUGGUAGUUUGAUUAGCUGUCGAUUCCUAUAAUUUGGAACCAGUCAUAAAUUUAAGAUAGUUACUACUGUACAAGAGAAUAAGAUGUCAUGCUACAAACAGAAGACAAUUCUUUAGUUUAAGAGUCUAUUGAAAUGGACCAAAAUAAGAAAUGGAUUAUGUAAAGCAACUGUAUUAUGACAUUAUAUAGUAUGUCCGAAACGUGAUUGGCCUGUAGGAUCAUAAGCCUUAUUAGAUCAAGGUGGGGUUGGGGGGUGGGGCAACUAACUCGCUACUGAGAGUUACUUUGUUUUCCUCAUUUUCUUUACCGCUAGUUUUUCUUCUAUUUCUAAAUAGUAUGUUGGUGGAUAAUACAUGUGGCACCAAGAUUGUCUGGUAACCUUAUCAUCAACCAGAUAUGAUCUUUAUAUUGACCCACAUACAGCUUAUUUAUCCAGGUUGGGUGAAAUCCCUCACUGAUAAAUUUAUUUAUUACUUUAUAGAUAAAAUUCCAAAGAAUGGGUAAUAUUUUAAAUACUGAUAGUGUUAAUGUUGGACUUUACUGAACUUGGUCAGCUGGUGCACAUCAUUCAUUAAGCUUGUCUUGGCUUCAAAAAUACACCAAGAGGCUACUGUGCAAGUACUGUACAUGAUUUUAUGUAUGUAUAUAUUAUCAGAUUAGUUACAUAAUAAAUUUCUAGUCACUAAUACAUCGGCUUCUAUUAUGCUGGUAAUAUUUCUAUGGUUUUGUCACUAUGGACCGUGGUGGCAAGCACUGUAGUGUUACCUUCAUUUCUUGUAUAUUAUGCAGCUAUUUAUCUGGGUACACACUGUGUCAGCAAGUAAACAAGGUUGUGUGAAAGGUUGUCCAAGUGUGAAAACGGUAUAUUAGGAAUCAUAAAGCAUGCACAAAAGAAUGUGUUUAAAGUAUAUAUUAUUGACACUAAUACAUAGUUUUCUCUUGGAGUAUGACAAUAUGUACUGCAAUUAUUUUGAGCCUGAUAUUGUAAAGUUAGCCAGGUUGUACAUUAGUGGAGUCAUGGUUUUUAUAUUGGUAAUACGUCAUUUGUUGUGUAAAAAGUGUGCUGUAAUGUUUGUCAUCUAAUAGGUUUAUAUGUAAAUAAGAUACAUUUUUGCGAUUGAAAUCCUCAUCAUUUGAGUCAUUUCAAUUUUCAUAUUAUCUAGUAUAUAUUUUCAUGUCUGAGAUGUACAGUCUGUUGUAUUGUAAAUAGUGUAAACUGCCAGACAUAAUGUAGAUGAAAUAGAGCAUUUGCCAUCCUC